AUGGGAAAUGCCUUACCUUUGACCGAUAUGCCCUUAGGCACGGCCAUACAUAACAUAGAAAUCACACUUCGAAAGGGUGCACAAUUAGCUAGAGCAGCGGGUGCUGUAGUGAAACUGAUUGCAAAAGAGGGGAAAUCGGCCACAUUAAAAUUACCUUCUGGGGAGGGAAAUGCCUUACCUUUGACCGAUAUGCAAUUAGGCACGGCCAUACAUAACAUAGAAAUCACACUUGGAAAGGGUGGACAAUUAGCUAGAGUAGCGGGUGCUGUAGCGAAACUGAUUGCAAAAGAGGGGAAAUCGGCCACAUUAAAAUUACCUUCUGGGGAGGGUAUGAAGGACUCUACACUCUUGAUUUCACUAAAAUAA